AUGGUUCUGCGAAGGCUGCUGCUGACAUUGGUGAACAACGCUCAGCUGGUGGAGAAGCUGUCGGAGAGCCGGCCGAUCCGGAGGGCGGCUCAGAUCACGGCCUACGCCAUCACCCGGCUGCAGCUGGGCGGCCAGGAGGCGGCCGAGCGGCUGAACCGCCCCGGUGCACUCGGACAGGGCACGUUAGCCCGCAGACUCGGGGAGAUGGGCCGGAGAGCGGCCCGGCUGAAGAACGCCCUGAUGCAGGCCUCCGGGCAGAAGAGACAGAAGUAAACCCGACGUCCUUCCGAGAUCCUCAGUCGGCAGCUGGAGCGGGAACACACUGUGGAAAGCUUUUGUGUCGGGAGCAGAGCAGGAAACAACUCUAUCGGGAGGGCUGCCCCAGGAGGACGUUUGCAUGGAUCUCGGGGUUCAACUUUCAUCGCAACGACUUGUUGAGUCGGGGACAAGAUCGAAAUCACCCGCCAGGGCAAAUUAUUCACAUGGUGACUUUCCUAAUGGACAAUAUGGUGGCCUCACAACUUUUAAUUGUUUCAAAUGUUAUUGAAAUUUAAAUACACUGAAACGUAAAUAAUAACUUAAAAUGAUGCUACUGAACACGGCUCUUCUCUUAUUGCAUGCGAUUUGACCCAUUUACACAAUCCAGACACUAAAUUCAUGUUAGUCUUCUCCCACCUCCCUCACUCUAUGGCACUCUGUGCUCGAUUAAUUGAUCAUGGGCUCGUGAAAAGGAAAUUUGUGUCAGUUAUGCCCAGCCUUAUUGAACAGAAAAGUGUUAUACUGUAAAAAACUGAAAAUUUUCAAUAUGUUUCUAUUUGUUUGUGUAAUUCUAAUGCCGUGGACUGCUAAAGUAUUGAUUUGGUAAAGUUGCACACCUAUUUUUGAUCUAUAUUGCAAGAAAAUUGUUUUGUUAGUGAGAAAUCAACAUGAAGGUAUAUCAUCGAUGAAUUUGUUUUUGUAUAAUGCCUUUAACUCAAUAAAAAUGGACCUAGGCAGUU